AUGCGUCUCCCCUACGCACCCUCGACGCCGCCCGCAGGCUCCCCCGCGUCAGUAUCCGAUAUUUACGCGCGGAUAGCAGCGCGGCGCAAACCGCGGCCUCUGAUCCCUCUCGACCUCACACUCUUACACUCGCCGCCGGUCGCGAACGGCUACAACGCCUUUGUGGGCGCGCUGCGCACCGAGACCAUAGUACCGCAAUCGCUUCUCGAACUGGCCAUCUCCCGUGUCGCCAUCCUCACGACGGCCGUGUACGAAUGGAACAUCCACGCCGCGCUGGCGCUGAAGGCAGGCCUGGCGCCCGGUGCGCUGGAGGUGGCACGGAGCGCGCCCAAGGGAGGCGUAGUCGAGGCCCUGACACAAUCACCCGCCCACGACGGGACAACUACGCUCAGUGACAAAGAGACCGCCGUGCUCAGGUACACGGACGAAGCGACCGUGGACGUACGGGUGCAGGACGCGACGUUCGAGACGCUCAAGACCCUGUUCAACGACAGAGAAAUCCUCGAGUUGGUCACCGUCGUAGCGGGGUAUAAUGCCGUCAGCAGGAUUUUGGUACCGCUUGACGUCGGGGAGAACAAUGAUAAGAAGAUGAAGACGGUAGAGGAGUUGGUCGCAGAGGGGUCCAAGAAGAGCUGA